CAGUGUUUACAGUUAGCUAGUUAUAGAUCUUUGUUUUUGUCAUCACCUUAAAGUCAAAAUGUGCCGGCUGUAUAACAGCCUACUUUCUUUCUCAUAAUUGCUCGAGGGAAAAUAUUAUAAAAGAUACUGAUAAACUUUUUUUCAGGAUCCAGAUUUAUUUUUCUCCAUACUUUUUUUUUUUGUUUUUUUUCCUCCCUCCACUUGUAACUGAAGAGGACGCUUCAUCUGGAAACUUCUGCAUAAGGAUAAGAGAAACUCUACAUUGAAGGUGGCAGCCAUGGUGUUGAUUCUGGGCAGGAGGUUGAACAGGGAGGACUCUGGGAUCAGAGACUCACCAGCUGUCAAACGCAAGGUGUUUGAGGUUGACUCCAAAACAUUAGCCAGCCAGGAUGUCUUGGACUUCUGCUCUGGCUCAUCCCACUCAGAGGGCAUCCUGCAGGUGUUCAAUGAGUUUCGUGACUGCCGUCUGUUCACAGAUGUGGUCAUCAGCGUGCAGGGCCGCGAGUUCCCCUGUCAUCGCGCUGUGCUCUCCGCAUGCUCCUCCUAUUUCAGAGCCAUGUUCUGCAACGAUCACCGUGAGAGCCGCGAGAUGCUGGUGGAGAUCAAUGGCAUCCUGGCCGAGGCGAUGGACUCCUUCCUCACCUAUGUUUACACAGGUCGCGCCAAGAUCACCACUGAGAAUGUCCAGUUCCUCUUUGAGACCUCCAGCCUCUUUCAGAUCACCACACUGCGUGAUGCCUGUGCAAAAUUCCUGGAGGACCAGCUGGACCCAUGCAACUGCCUGGGCAUCCAGCGAUUCGCAGAUGCCCAUGCCCUGAAGCAGCUCGCCAGCCGCUGCCGCAGUUACGCCCUGGCCAACUUCUCAGAGGUGGCUCAGCAUGAGGAGUUCCUCGACCUGCGUAAAGAAGAGCUGGAAGAGUACAUUGGCAGCGAUGAGCUGUCCAUCGGCAAGGAGGAGGUGGUGUUUGAGGCAGUGAUGCGAUGGGUGUACCACAUUGUGGAGCACAGGAAGCCCAUGCUGAAGGCCUUGCUGCACCAUGUGCGCCUGCCCCUUCUGCACCCUAACUACUUUGUCCAGACAGUGGAGGGAGACCAGCUCAUCCAGAAUGCUCCAGAGUGCUACCAGCUUCUCCACGAGGCCAGGCGCUACCACGUGCUAGGAAAUGAAAUGAUGUCACCCAGAACUCGUCCACGCAGGUCAACUGGCUACUCUGAGGUGAUUGUAGUGGUGGGUGGCUGUGAGAGGGUGGGGGGCUUCAACCUGCCCUACACUGAAUGCUACGAUCCAGUCACAGGAGAGUGGAAAUCACUGGCCAAACUGCCUGAAUUCACCAAGUCAGAGUACGCUGUGUGCGCCCUCCGCAACGACAUUCUGGUAUCAGGUGGUCGUAUCAACAGCAGGGAUGUGUGGAUGUAUAACUCACAGCUCAACCUGUGGAUCAGAGUGGCUUCUCUGAACAAAGGCAGAUGGAGACACAAGAUGGGUGUCCUUCUGGGCAAGGUCUAUGCUGUGGGUGGCUAUGAUGGCCAGAGCCGCUUGAGCAGUGUGGAGUGUUACGACUCCUUCUCUAACCGCUGGACAGAGGUGGCUCCAAUGAAAGAGGCGGUCAGCUCUCCAGCCGUGGCCAGCUGUGCCGGCAAGCUCUUUGUCAUUGGAGGAGGGCCAGACGAUGAAACUUGUUCAGACAAGGUUCAGUGCUAUGAUCCAGAGACAGAUUCUUGGCUACUACGGGCCAACAUCCCUAUCGCCAAGCGCUGCAUCACAGCAGUGUCCCUCAACAACCUGAUCUAUGUGUGCGGUGGUCUCACCAAGUCCAUAUUCUGCUAUGACCCCGCAGAAGACUACUGGAUACAUGUGGUUCACACCUUUAACAAACAGGAGAGCUGUGGCAUGUCAGUGUGCAACGGUAAGAUUUUCAUCCUCGGUGGCAGAGGGGAAAAUGGCGAAGCUACAGACACCAUCCUGUGUUACGACCCGUCAACGGGCAUCAUCACAGGAGUGGCAGCCAUGCCGCGGCCGAUCUCCUACCACGGCUGUGUAACCAUCCAUCGCUACAAUGACAAGUACCACAGGCCCUGACCAUAAAUACACUCACAGACAGACACACACACACACACACACUCUGUCACAUGAGAACACAAACUAAAGAACUUUAACUCUUUGAAACUUAAGCUUUUUACGUUCACCCCAUGUACAGCACAAACACAAUCACACACUUCCUUAGAACAGGCACAUUUAAUCAAACAGUACCCUCGAGCUAAUUUAUUUUCUCGCAGCAUCAUGUAGCAUUAGUCAGAGUGGUGCUGUGAAUCUUUUACUGUUGUGUACCAUAGUUAUUGCCCUUCUGUGGUAAUGCUUAGCGGUUGAUAACGCUAAUAACUUGAGAUAAAGUAGAGUCAGAUCAACAUGGCAGAUUUGUCCCGCAUUAGUUGUAACAGCACAUGGUUGGGGAGUAAUGGACCAUAUAUAAGAAUUAGAGAAAACUGAUAAUGGCUAUCAGCUCGAUUGUAGAUAUGUGGAGGGGAAAAUGUGAAAACUUGCUGAAUUCCCCAAAAUAAAUAUUUUCAUUCAGUUUCAGUAGAAACUGAAAAUUUUCACGAAAAUGAAUUUUGCUUUGUGUAGAGGACUGCAGUUUUCUAUUUUUUAACACUGAAGUUUCUGACAGUAAAUGUUUUGCUUACCUAACUGCAUUUAAUACUAACUGAAAUAGCUAAAAAGUUCUAAUAACAUUAUUGAGUUUUUAUAAUUGAUAAUACUGUGAUUUUGCAUUUUAAGCAGAUAAAAAAUCUGAAAGUGAACUUCCCAACAAUGUGCUUUUAUUACUGUGCAAAGUAACCUCACCCUGAGAUCUAGGUUGUUGAUGAGCUGAAGCGAUCACAGAUGAUGCUGAUGAACAAAAACAAAUGCCUUGAGGUAACAAUCGAAAACUAUCCUUACAAAGCCAAGAGUGGUCUGCCAGCAGAAGAAAAAUUAUAUUACUUUAUUUUUGACUGAAAGAUGAGCAGUCAGGUCAGAUAUCUGACCGUGUGCCCGCUGCACUCAGUGCAGAUAUGUAUAUUCAGGACAGCACAGCACAGCACUGGUAAAGAAUAUAAAAAAGUACUGCCCUCUGUUUUUUAGCUCUUUUACAUGACACUUAUAAAAAUGACCUGUUAAAACUGUGGUAAACAGUCAGCCAGCUGCUCUCCCGCAGUAUUAGCCGUCAUAAAAGUAAGUUGCUCUCACCGAGGGUUAAGGGAAGAGAUAAAGAGCGGAAACAGUAACAUGAUAUUGGAACAUAGCCACUGUUCACUCUGCCCUCUUGUUUCCCUCUAUCUCUCACAUCCCUCCACUUAUCACCUAGUUUCACUUCCCAUGAGUGUUUCCCUUUUCCCUGCUCCAGCUGUCAUCACCUCACAUUUUCUAAUCUAAUCUACAUUGAUACUUCCUGUUAAGCUUUAUUUUGCCUCAUUUUUUUAUUUUAAUUAUUCUUAUUACACUCAUUACCAACAUUUUUUUAAUGUUUAUUAAGUUAUACUCAUUAGCCUUUGUUUUUUUUAUAAUUGGAUGUUUAUUGUAUUAUCUGUAGCUUUAGUGUGUCUAUUUCAUAUCAAUGUUAGUUCACUGGUGUACUGGGCUCAUGGGUGGUUUUCAUAGAUGUGAGAAGCCUUUGUAGAUCAAACUCGAAGACUGCCCUGAAUAAGCGGCAUGCAUGUUUGGUGUGUAUGUAUGUAUGUGACUUUCAUGACUCGGUCUGGAUGUGUUGGAGCCACGGAGAUUUGUUAAGUAGUUCUAGUGUAAGCAUUACUCCACUGCUCUCUUCUGUUAACAGAACUCUUCACACUGAUGCUGGCACCUCUCACCUGUACACUUGCAUGUAAAGAUGUAACUCGGGGUAACCAUAGAUACCUCCAGGUGUGUAUGUGUUAAUGUGUGUUUACUGGUCAGCUAAGGUGGCGCGUGUAGCAGUGCUAUACCUCGCAUGGGGGGGAGGGUUAAGAGUUCUGAAUGACAAGGAUUUUGGAUGUAGUGGCUCGUGGUCAGUAAAAGUCACCUUUUACUACAAUUGGUGUUGAUAGACUAGAAAUAUUGCUGUGAAUAUAACUUUAAUAUUUUUUGUUUUCUUUGUUUAACCUGUAUUUAAAUGUAUCUCUUUCUUGGUUACAUAUUGUGUUUUUCUGUAACUGAGAGCCCCAAUUGUGCACUUUGACAGAAUCCUGUUAAAUGUAGAAUUAUAUGACAAUGAUUUCCUUUUUUUUUUUUUUUUUUUUUUUUUUACUGUAUCAGUAAAUGUUCUUUGCUUUCAUGUGACGUAUGUAAGAGACAGUAAAAGGGCCUGUCAGCUCCUCCUGUUGGCUGCUACCUGCUAUGGCUCUGGUAUUAACAAAAUAACAAAAACAACACAGGGUACUGCUAGAAAAAGAACAAUGGCAAGAGUGCGUAGGAGAGUUUGAACUUCUCAUUUUAGGGUAAAAAAUAGUGGAUGUACUUCCAUCUGACAGUCACAAUGAGAAAAACAGGUGGGGGUAUUUCUCUUUAAACCAUCCUCCAGGUGUUUUCUGCGAAGGAUGAGUUCAGUGACAGGUCUUCAGCAGUAGUGCAGGCUAAAAAGAAAACAUCCCCAGGCCUCCCCCGUGCACACACACACACACUCCUUUGCAGAACAUACUUAGGGUAACUCAGGAGGCUAACAGGAGGUGGCUGCAGGGCAAGAAAGUGGAUAGGCAAAAGAGCGGGAGUUAGAUAAAUAGUGAGAGAGAGAAUUUGAAUGUGUGUGCGUCUGUGAUUUCACUGAGUAUUUACGCAGAAUGGGACACAAACACUGUCCUUUGAUGUUGAUUUGUUGAUUUCCAUUAUUCGCUGUGUAGAGGCUUUCAUACAUUGUUUGCUUUUGAUAGGAGUAUUCAUUGUUUUUAUGUUUGUUGAUAUUUUUUUUUUCUUUUUCUUGUUGUGCUGAGUUGCGGGACUGUGUGUUGCUGAGAUAUUUUGACUCCCACGUGCAAAUGGAUUGCCUUCAGUUACACUCUGAAGAGCUGAAAAGUUGAUUGAUGGGUUUUAAUAUGAAUGCAGAUAUAGGCCAAAGUGGAUUUGAUUCAAUCCCAAAGGAGACCCUGUUGAAAAAAUUCAGUGGAUAAAUUCUGCUUACAUGCAAGAUGGUGGCCUUAACCUGUUAAUUGCAGAAUGCUUCCCUAUGUGCCUUAAUAUAAGAAUAACAACUGGGGAAAUUAAAUCGGAUCGUUUUGAUAUAAAGUUUUAUCAUGGUAUGUAUGAUAUAUUUUAACACCACUUUCUCCUCAGAUGCUCUUUGUCUAACUGCAAGAAAGCUUUGGAUUUUGUAAACUGCAAUAUGUUGUAAUGUAAUGGUUGACUUGUGUAAGAGAAACAUCAAUAAAGUUUUUCUUUCUGUA